GAGGGAUGAGAAGAAAGAAAGAAAAAAAUGCACAGAAAGCGGUUGGAUUAAAACGUUUGAGGUAAAAUUUUCAUUCGCAACAGAAAAAGGAAAACCCCGUGUGGCGUCGAACAAUUGGUGCAAAGGGUUCUAAAGGCUGUUUGAAAAGGAAAGAUUUAAAGCCUCGCUUGCAAGUGAUUUUGCGCAACUUUUGUGCUACGCGUCCCGAAAACGAACGUUAAAUUAAACUUUGCCACUGUUGGUGUGGUCGAAGUGUAUAAAUAAAACACAUUGCUGCACGCCUACUGCUUGUUGCUGUGUGGUUGCCUGCUCCUGCACAACAGCAAACAAUGUUUGGCAACGAACGGUUGAACGGUACCAGCCCUACCACCAAGAAGGAAAGCUCCACCGACCACCACCAGCAGCAGCAGCAGCAGCAGCACGAGGACAUGGGCUGCUCCUCUGCCGGAUCCACCGGGACGACCCUGCCGACCGAUGCGAGACCUUCGUUCGCGUCCGUCUUUACGAUCGAAAGCAUCCUCGGGCUGAAUCAGGACUCGAUCGCACACAAGGCGGGAGCUGGCCCACUGCACGACAAGCUGCUGUCGCCCGUGCCGCAGCGGCUGGACGGUGGUGCGGCGUACGAGCUGGAGCAGCACACCAAGCAGAGCCUGUCCAACUACUUCCGCUGUGCCGGGGCCGGUACGCUGCACCUUCCCACCAGCCACCAGUCCGACGCGAACAUGCUGCCCACGAACAUACUUGGCAUAGCAUACCCCUCGUCCUGCCACAACUAUCUGCAGCCGGACCUGUUCGCCGCCCAUCUGCACCAGCAGGUGGGGCUGGUCGCCUGCAACGGUAACUUCCGGCCCCGGUACCCAUUUCUGAAUGCGGACUCGCACAUCAAGCGGAAGCGGCGCCACCGGACCAUCUUCACCGAGGAGCAGCUGGAGCAGCUGGAGGCCACCUUCGACAAGACGCACUACCCGGACGUGCUGCUGCGGGAGAAGCUGGCAAUCAAGGUGGACCUGAAGGAGGAGCGCGUCGAGGUUUGGUUCAAGAAUCGGCGCGCCAAAUGGCGCAAGCAGAAGCGGGAGGAGCAGGAACAGUUCUCCAACUACGAAAUCAAUAGCAAAAUUCGAAAGCUCAUCAACAUCCCGGUGUCGGCGCAGGAGAAGCUGCGCCAGCUGCAGACCGGCAUCUUUGCCAAGGACAAACAGCAGCAGCAGCAGCAGCUGGUGCUGCCGAAGUGUGACGAGCUGCUGAGCAACAGCAACAGCAACAGCGACGCGUCGGACGUGGAGGUGGUAUGAUAAAGUGGGGCAGCGGCGGAGGGCACAAACAACCAAAACACUAACCAAAAAAACUGGUAAGACGAUCGAGAGAGAGAUGAAGGAGAAGACAGAAAGAGAGAGAGAGAGAGGGAGGUCCUAGAAGGAACGGUGCUUUUCAUUGUGGGGCAAGGGUGGCAAAAAAACGGGGAAUAUUAAAUGUAAGACUAGAUACGGUAGAGUAACAAUUUAAAUUAAAUGCAAAACCACACCUGUGGUGCACGAAACGACAA